CCCGCGGUAGCCUGUCAUCCUAGAGUUGACAGUCACGACGUAUUUAAGGAAGGCCUCUUCCCUGCGCUUCUGCUCUUGGAAUAAUAUCGAGGCGAUUUCGACAAAGUCCUCGGGCAACCGACAAUUAUUGUUCAUGGAACUGCAAACGUCCCAUAUAAUCCAUUGGGGUUCAAUAUCAGCCUCGUUGAAUCCGUUCAGUUCGGGUUGAACGGUUCCAAUUGGUAAAAGCUCCAACGCAGCCUCCAUACUGGGUCUUUGGCUGCAAGUCAUUCUGCUCUGCUGAUUGAUGCCCAACCUGCGAGAUCGCUGCCAGAUAUUUUUACCAGGACUGUGGUGAGAGCGGGCGAUCAUUACCAUGAGUGUAGAUAGCAACCUCCAUAUCAGGAGUCUGGAUAAGAAAGACACGGCCUGGGUGCCUGGGUGUCUGGGUCUGGCCGGUACAGUUCACCUAGUUUAGAGUGCUCUCAUUGGUUUAGACAUGACUGUUUGAACUUGCUUCGAGGUGAGUUUUGGUUGUUUGUAACCGAAAUCUCAAGUACUCAAGUCAACAAUGUUGACCGAAGGCUUGAAAGUGGCAUAAAUAUCGAUGCCGGGAAGACAUGAUUGUCUUCAUUAAGCCUGGAAUAUUUGAUUGCAUCCAUCGCACAAGCAAGCCACCCUCGAAGCUAUGCGCUGAAGUGAUUCAGAUAAUCCAACGAUAAACUAAGACGACGACCCGCCACCAGGUACCGUACAGCGAAAGCUAUGAGUGGAACCUCAGGAUCAGGACUAUCAUCACAAGAGCCGAACCUCUGGGUGUCGGGAUCGGGCUCUGGCAAUACUUCAGGGUUAGGCCGAACUGGUGGGGCCACCUCUUCCAUGCUGAACAAGCAGGUGUACUAUGUCGACACAUAUCAGGAUCGCCUAUUGCAAGGAAAUUGUUUGAGCGAAGCUGAAAGCAAAGCAAGGAUGGCGCGCAAGCUAGAUGCGUUUGACAAAAGUUUCCAGAAGCGGUGAUGAGAGUAGUUUGUGUGAAUUGAAUGGACGGACCAAGCGUGCCCCCACAAGUUAAAUGUGGCUUGUCUGUUUUACGACUCCGCGCCUCACACGUGAUGUGGCUAAUGCUCAUUCUUGGAACCAAC